CUGCCUGUGGCUGGGGGAAACUAUUCCAAACGUUGGUUUCAGAGAGGGGUUUCCUAAUGAAGCAGGAAAAGCCCCAAUCCUGUGCUCUCCCUGCAUAGGUUGGUGACACUGAGUAGGGGAUUUUCACCUCCUGCCUCUCCUGCUCCCACCCCCUCUCCCUCCUAUGGGAAACGGUGUGGCCAGGGGUGGGGGGAGGACAGCCCUUUUAUAAGUUGAAGUUGACAGGAGUAAGAGGAGAUUUGGGUGGCUCUGACAUACCCACCUCCCAAGCCUUGAGGUCCCUGGGAUGACCAAAGGAGGAAUGGAAUCAGUUGAAGUGUUCACCUCUGAAGGCAAAGGAAGGGGCUUGAAAGCCCAGAAGGAAUUCUUGCCUGGGGAUGUCAUCUUUGCGGAGCCAGCCUAUGCUGCAGUGGUCUUUGAUAGCCUGACACAGGUCAUCUGCCACACCUGCUUCAAACGUCAGGAGAAGCUCCACCGCUGCGGCCAGUGCAAGUUCGCCUAUUACUGCGACAGGACCUGUCAGAGAGCAGCUUGGCUGAACCACAAAAAUGAGUGCUCUGCCAUCAAGAGGCAUGGCAAAGCACCCACUGAAAACAUCAGGCUGGCUGCACGCAUCAUGUGGAAGAUAGAGAGGGAAGGCAGUGGGCUGUCAGAGGGCUGCAUGGUCUCCAUCGAUGACCUCCAGAACCACGUGAACAGCUUUGAUGAGGAGGAGAAGAAGGAGCUCCGGAUCGAUGUGGAGAACUUCCUCGAGUUUUGGCCACCCCAGUGCCAGCAGUUUGGAGUGCAGUUCAUCUCCCACAUAUUUGGAGUGAUCAGCUGCAAUGGGUUCACCCUCAGUGACCAAAGAGGACUGCAAGCUGUUGGUGUGGGAAUCUUCCCCAACCUCUGCCAGGCCAACCACGACUGCUGGCCCAACUGUACUGUCAUCUUCAACAAUGGCAAUCAUGAGGCUGUAAGAUCAAUGUUCCACACACAGAUGAGGAUCGAGCUGCGGGCACUGAACAAGAUUUCUCCAGGUGAUGAGCUGACUGUUUCCUAUGUGGAUUUCCUCAACCUGAGCGAGGAGAGGAGAAAGCAGCUGAAGAAGCAGUAUUACUUUGAUUGCACCUGUGAGCACUGCAAAAAACAGACCAAGGAUGACCUGAUGCUGGCAGUGAAGGAAGGGGAAAACAAGCCCUCUGCAGAGACAGUGAAGGAGGUCAUCCAGUUCUCCAAGGACACUCUGGAGAAGAUCACCAAGGCCCGCAUGGAGGGACUUUAUCAUGAAGUUGUGAAGAUGUGCCGUGAGUGCCUGAAGAAACAGGAGCCAGUGCUGGGGGACACCAACAUCUACCUCCUGAGGAUCCUCAGCAUUGCCUCCGAGGUGCUCUCCUACCUCCAGAUGUUUGAGGAAGCAGCUGACUAUGCCAAGAGGAUGGUGGAUGGCUACAUGAAAAUUUACCACCCCAACAACGCGCAGCUGGGGAUGGCCAUGAUGCGGGCAGGAGUGACUCACUGGCAUGCUGGUCUCAUUGAACUUGGGCAUGGCUUGAUCUGUAAAGCCUAUGGCAUUCUCCUGAUAACCCAUGGACCUUCCCACCCAAUCACCAAAGACCUGGAGGUCAUGCGUGUCCAGACGGAGAUGGAGCUGCGCAUGUUCAAGCAGAAUGAGUUCAUGUAUUACAAGAUGAGGGAAGCUGCCCUCAAAAACCAAAAGAUUCAAGUCAUGCCUGAACCCAGCAAUGAGACCUCACCAAGCCUCUUCCACAAGAAGGAGUAAACCUUGAGCCUGACACAAAUUCAUGCCUGUGGGAUAAUAUCGCACCUGUGGCACCUCCAGAUGUGGGAAUGUGAUAUAGGAAUGUCAUAUAUCCAUAAGGAUUUUUCACAGUAGCACCAGUCUGGAAGCAUGGACCUGCUGGGGCAGAGUCCUGAAAAAUCUUCUGAGGGCUCAAAUCAGAAGAGAUCUUGGAGCAAACAAGAUCCUUUUUCUACCACUAACAUUAAAAAUUGAAGCAAAAAACCAUGUUAUAAUAUCAUCCACAUUCUUACUGGAAGCCUGAUUCUCUUUACAGAAAUCCUGAUCCUGAAGUCUAUGGUUAAAUUUUGAUUGAUUCUUCAAAGUGUUUUUUUCCCCAUCA